AUGAGGACCAGCGGGCUGAUUCUCUUCCUGUUGAGCCUUGUUGCUCUGGGCUUGUCGCAGUCGAUGCCAACAUGUGCCGCUGACUGCCUCACACAAUUUUUGGCCAACUCUACUUGUGGACCGACAGACUCUGCUUGCAUCUGUGCAGAUACAGUCUUGAUGGGCAACGUACAAGGAUGCACACUGGCCAGUUGCACAGUGAAAGAGGCUCUAGCCGCCAAAAAUGCCACGAUGACUCUGUGCCACGAACCUAUUCGAGACAACACCGCCAUCACUCCUAUCUUGACUGCGGUCAGUGGGAUAAUUGCGAUCAUAUGUGUCAUACUGCGUCUGGCAGAUCGAUUUCCCCACUGGGAGAAACUUCAAUGGGCAGAUCUCUGCGUUGUCCUAUCACUGAUACUCGCGCUUCCUAUGGCAAUCCUCGAGUUCUUCAUGAGUAGUGAUGGUUUCGGAAAAGACAUCUGGACAAUUCCACCUGAUAAAAUCACUCGUAUCGUUCAGUUUACCUGGUUGACCGAAAUCUUCUACAUGUGUGUGAUUGGAUUCACAAAGAUGGCAUUGCUUCUGUUGUACUACAGAGUCUUCUCAUCGCCGGUAUUCCAAAGAUUCGUCAUCGGUAGCAUGGUGGUCUGCGCUCUCUACAUUCCCACCUUCGCCCUCGGGAUCACCCUCCACUGCAUUCCCAUUUCUUACACCUGGACGGGCUGGACCGGGGAAACGAAAGGAAAGUGCAUGAACCUCAACGCAUUUGCUUGGGCGCACGCAAUUAUCAAUAUUAUUUUCGACAUCUGGAUCAUCCUGCUUCCCAUUCCGCAACUUCUCCAGCUCAGCCUGGGACGCAGGAAGAAAAUCCAUCUGAUUUUGAUGUUUAGUAUUGGAUUUUUUAUCACCAUUGUCAGCGUUGUCCGACUCACUUCUCUUGUUCGAUUUGCCAAUUCUACCAAUCCCACAUACGACAAUGUCCCCACCGCGUACUGGAGCGUCCUCGAAGCCUUCGUCAGCAUCAUCUGUACAUGCCUGCCUGCCGUCCGAGCGCUGUUGCGAAAAGUCUUCCCGAAUUGCUUCGGCAGCACCUCCGACCCGGAUUCGGAAUCGAGAACAUACCGCAUUUCCAAACCUUCGCAGCUGCGCAGUGGAGAAAUGUCCAAAUCAGGCACUCGCACUGCGACGACCGCUUAUGCUCGCAGCGGCGACUCAGAUGUGAUUGAGUUGGUAGACAAUGGCGACUCCAAGAACGAUAGACAUAAUGGGUGGUGA